AUGAAGGUCUUCUCCAGCUCACACACCUUCAACUACUCCUGGGAGGAGGUGACAACCGCCAACUGGCGCAAGUACUGCCCCUGGAACGAGCAAUCCACCCACGUCGUCGCAGUCGACACCCUCGCCCGCUCCGUCGAGCCAUCAACAGGCAUCCUCCGCACGGAGCGUCUCAUCACCUGCAAGCAGUCAGCGCCGGAAUGGAUGAAGUCCAUUGUCGGCGCCGGCGACGUCAGCCAGGUGUUUGAGACCUCCUACGUCGACCCGGCCCACAAGACGGUCACCAUGGUGUCCUGGAACCUGACCUGGGCCAACCUCAUCAACUGCCAGGAGACGGUCGUCUACAAGCCCAUGGGCGACCACCAGACCCAGUUCGCCCAGGAGGCCAAGAUCACCGCGCUGUGCGGCGGCUGGCAGCGCAUCAAGAACAAGAUCGAGGACUUCUCCGUCAACCGCUUCAGGGACAACGCGAUCAAGGGCAAGGAGGGCUUCGAGGCCGUGCUGGCGAUGAGCAGGCGGGUGUUUGCCGAGGAGAGGGAAAAGGAGAAGAUGAAGAUGGCCCUGGCUGCCUAG